AAUAGGAGAAAGUGAGAGUGAGAGUGAGAAAUAUUUGUUUCACAAAGUGGGUGGUGAGUGCAGAAUUGUGUUGUUUUGGAUCAGAUCAGAAUAUGGUUAUCCCACCCCCGGUGAGGCCUCCCAGGAUUACAAAAUUUCUCAAACCUUAUGUUCUGAAGAUGCAUUUUACCAAUAAGUAUGUGAGUGCGCAGGUGAUUCACACCCCAACUGCUACUGUAUCCUCUUCUGCAAGCUCACAAGAGAAAGCCUUGAGAUCAAGCUUGGAAACUAGUCGGGAUGUGGCUGCAGCUGCAAAGAUCGGGAAGAUACUAGCAGAACGCCUUUUGCUUAAGGAUCUUCCUGCUGUUUCUGUUCACUUGAAAAGAGAACAGAAGUAUCAUGGUAAGGUCAAAGCGGUAAUAGAUUCUCUCAGGGAAGCUGGUGUUAAGCUGCUUUGAGUCAUGACUUUGUUGGUGUUUAUUUGUGCCUCAGAGAAAUCAUUCUUGUUGGAUCUUGUCUUCAUUUUCAUUUCUAAGUUGUCAUCAUAAUAUGAAGUUACUCAUUAAACAUA